UGGGCGACAGAGGGAGAGUCCAUCUCAAAAAAAAGAAAAAGAUAAGUAAAGUGAUCCGGGUGGAGAUGGCUGCAGGGGGGUGCUUGGGGCUGAAAAUUAGGCCGGAAGAGGCCUAAAUGAGGAGGUGACGUCUGCAGAAAGGCCUUGGGCGUGAGGCCUGUGGAGGUCUGGGUGACUGUGCACCAGGCCGGGGUGCAGCCAGCGCCGUGGCCCUGCGGCGGGAGCUCUGUGGGGUGUCUCAGCAGUGUGGCUGCAGUGCUGUCGGAUGGGGAGGGACCAUGGGGUCCCUGCAGCAGGGUUUGCCCUGAGACCCUGCCGAAAGCCAGGGAAGGCCCGGUUCACGCCUCACUGCCCCAUCUUCCUGUGAGGGCCUGGGCAGGGUCCAGCUUUUCUCCCUUCCUACCCCAGGUUAAUAGGCAACAGGUCUGCCUCUGUGCAUCUGUGGCCUGCUUUGACCUCCGUCUUCUCCUCUCCCCACGGGGUGAUGCGUCUCUGCCUUGACCCAUUUAGGGUUCUUGGUGCCCCAGAGACAGGGCUGGUCUCCGUGCUGUGUCCUGGGAGGGCUGGGAGGAGGUUCCUUCCUGGAAGGCUGCCUGGAGGAGGUGGCUGUGCUGGAUCUGAUCUUGGCAGUGGAGAAGGGAAAGGGGAAGCUGGGAGCUGAUGAAGAGCGAGGGGCUGACACUAGGGCUUGGAGCAGGGCAGGGCGGUGGAGGAAGCAGGGCCGGGGGCGCCAGCGCUCAGGGCAGACACAGGCUCUGAGGACCGAGUAUCACCUGGACCGGGAAGCAGCUGGGGUCCAGACUCCCCGAACUCCAUCCCCUGCCCAGUGGGGGAAGGGGCCGCCCUGCUCCCCCUUCACCCCACACCUCGCAGCCCCGCGUGACUCCCCCACCCCCCACCAUGGCCAAGGUCACCGUCAGCUCUUUCCUUUCAAUUAGCAGCAGGAAUGUUCCCGGCGCUGGGCUCGGCGCCUGCCCGGGCAGGGACCCCCUCGUUCUGGCUGGAGCUGCCCGGGCGUGGGUUCUGGAAGGACAAGUGCGACGCCCCCAUCCCACACACGCCCCUCCCGCCCCAGACGGGGCCCGCCCUGCUCGCUGGGUGACCUUGGCCGUUGCGUAACCUCUCUGGACCCUUCCAGCACCAACGCCCCGCAUCGCGGAGGCCUCUGCGGGGCUCUCUCGUGGGGUUUGGGCCUCAGUAGCUCAUCUCCUGGAGCCGGAUUAUCUCACGCGCUCCAGACGACGCCCUCGCCGGGCCCCGAGCCGCCCACACCGCCACGCGCCGUAAAAAGCAUCGCGGGGACGGGAGGCCUGUGCGCGCCGGGGUGGGCGUCGGGCGGGGGGUGUGGCGCUCCAGGGGCUCUUCGCGGCUGCCGGGAGCCAGGGAAGCUCCGAGACCCAGCACCUGCCCCGGGACCCCCGGCAGCACCAGGACCGCCGCCGCCCCGAGCCUUUCCACGCCUUUGCCCCGGACUCAGCUCCUCCGCCCAGCAUGGUCCUGGUGGCAGAGACCACGUCCCAGCAGGAGCGGCUGCAGGCCAUCGCAGAGAAGCGGAAGCGGCAGGCGGAGAUCGAGAACAAGCGCCGGCAGCUGGAGGACGAGCGGAGGCAGCUGCAGCACCUGAAGUCCAAGGCACUGCGGGAGCGCUGGCUGCUGGAGGGGACGCCGUCCUCGGCCUCGGAGGGGGACGAGGACCUGAGGAGGCAGAUGCAGGAGGAUGAGCAGAAGACACGGCUGCUGGAGGACUCGGUGUCCAGGUUGGAGAAGGAAAUUGAGGUGCUGGAGCAUGGAGACUCCGCCCCAGCCGCGGCCAAGGAGAACGCGGUGGCCCCGAGCCCGGUCCGGGCCCCGGCCCCGAGUCCAGCCAAGGAGGAGCGCAAGACAGAGGUGGUGAUGAAUUCACAGCAGACCCCGGUGGGCACACCCAAAGACAAGCGAGUCUCCAACACGCCCGUGAGGACGGUUGACGGCUCCCCCAUGAUGAAGGCAGCCAUGUACUCGGUUGAGAUCACUGUGGAGAAGGACAAGGUGACAGGGGAGACCAGGGUGCUGUCCAGCACCACGCUGCUCCCUCGGCAGCCGCUCCCUCAGGGCAUCAAAGUCUACGAGGACGAAACCAAAGUGGUCCAUGCUGUGGACGGCACGGCCGAGAACGGGAUCCACCCCCUGAGCUCCUCUGAGGUGGACGAACUCAUCCACAAAGCAGACGAGGUCACACUGAGCGAGGCAGGGUCCACGGCCGGGGCGGCAGAGACCCGGGGCGCUGGGGAAGAGGCAGCCCGGACCACGCCCUCCAGACGAGAGAUCACCGGCGUGCAGGCACAGCCAGGCGAGGCCACGUCCGGCCCACCGGGGAUCCAGCCCGGCCAGGAGCCCCCGGUCACAAUGAUCUUCAUGGGUUACCAGAACGUAGAGGAUGAGGCCGAGACCAAGAAGGUGCUGGGCCUUCAAGACACCAUCACGGCAGAGCUGGUGGUCAUCGAAGACGCGGCCGAGCCCAAGGAGCCCGCGCCGCCCAACGGCAGUGCCGCCGAACCUCCCGCAGAGGCUGGCUCCAGGGAAGAGAAUCAGGCCGGGCCCGAGGCCACCACCAGCGACCCCCAGGACCUCGACAUGAAGAAGCAGCGUUGCAAAUGCUGCUUGAUCAUGUGA